CCCCUCUCCUGCAUCCCGCAAUGCACACACACGAUGGCCAGUGAAUCCACUCCCCAACCCGAGCACGACAUCCCCAGCCUGCCCGCCUCGCCCGAGCCGAAACGAACCAAGUUCACCGAGCCAGCUCCCAAUCUUUCGGUAGCCUCAAUCCUCAACGACUCCCAACCCACCCCAACCCCCGCCACAGCCCCCAUCCGCGACCCCCUCGAAUCCAUCCCUCCAAUGUCUCACCACACCGUCCCCGUGUCCGGCACCGCCCCAACUCUCCCCCCAAUGGCAACCGAGCCACCCCCUCCAGCACUGCAAGUCAAAUUCCUCUCCUCCACCGCCAGAGCACCCACUCGCUCCUCCGCCUUCGCCGCAGGCUACGACUUGUACGCCUCCAAAGAAGCCACUGUGCCUGCUUGGGGGAAGGUGCUGGUCGAUACGGAUAUCAGCAUUGCGUUGCCUGUCAAUACUUAUGGACGGGUGGCGCCGAGGAGUGGGCUGGCGAGCAAGCAUAGCAUUCACACUGGUGCGGGGGUCAUUGAUGCGGAUUAUCGGGGGCCGGUGAAGGUGUUGCUGCUCAAUUUGAGUGGGGUUGAGUUUGGUGUUGCGGCGGGGGAUCGGAUCGCGCAGCUGAUUGUGGAGAGGAUCUACACGCCGGAAGUCGUGGUCGUCGACCAGCUCGAUGAGACUGUUCGAGGCGCAGGCGGAUUCGGAUCGACUGGUGGAUUCGGAGGAGCUUUGCCGCCGCUCAAUGGUGUUGGCGGCGUGUAAGAAUAUGCAUACUCCUCGCCAUACAGAAAAAUCUCACGACUACAAAAUGCGGAAUC